AUGUCCACAAAUCUGAUCGCCCUUGCCUCCCUUCUGCUUGUCCAGGGCUCCCUGGCGCUUCCGCAGCCCCUUGACACCCGUGCAUGCGCCUACACCUGUGGCAGUGUCUGCUACACCUCCAGCGCCGUGUCCAGCGCCCAAUCCGCCGGGUACAAGGAGUACGCCAGCGGCGAGACGGUCGGCAGCAACGACUACCCUCACGUCUACAACAACUACGAAGGCUUCGACUUUCCUGUGUCUGGCACGUACUAUGAGUGGCCAAUUCUGAGCUCUGGGGCGAUCUACAGUGGCGGCUCUCCCGGUGCUGACCGCGUGAUUUUCAAUGAGGAUGACCAGCUGGCUGGUGUGAUUACCCACACGGGGGCCAGUGGUAACAAUUUUGUUUCUUGCUGA